AGAAUAUCUUGUGGUCUGGUUUCUGGGCCUGGUUAAAAGAGGACCAUAUCUCCAUUAAAAGAAGAACCCCCCAUGAAUUCUAAAGCACACAAAACACAAAUAUUAUGGCAUUCAUUCAUUCAAUCAGAAGCCUCUCUCUUCAUUCUUUUUUUCUUUUACUAUCCAAUAUAUCUUUUCACGCCUCAUAUAUUUUCAUCAUCUCUCUUUUCUGUGUCUCUCUCUCUCAUCAAGGCUGCUUAAUAUCAUACCUCGUCAUGCCUUUCCAUCCAAGUAAUUCCACUGAUAUCCUCCCUUUCUAUGCCUCUUUUGUCCCUUCCCUUUUUAUGAACAACGCUCUGUCAACUUCAGUCCUUCUCUGUCAGAUAUUUCUCUGAUAUCCUCUCUUCAUCUCUCCAUGUGCCUAUCUGUCCCCUCUCUCCUUUUAUAUCGCAGUCCUUACUCUCUUCAGUUCAUGCACUUUCACCUACUAUCUCUCUUUCUAAUUCUCUCCUCUCACUAUCUCUCUCUAUCUAUUAGCUUGGUAGCUUUGGUUGCUUCUCUUUGUUUUCUUCUUGUUUUCAGUCCAUCAUGGAACCCCAACAACAGCAAAACCAACAACAUCCAAAUGAAGAUAGUUGCGGCAGUGGCAAAGGAAGCUUUCUUUGCAGGCAAAGUAGUACACGGUGGACUCCCACCACUGACCAGAUUAGAAUAUUGAAGGACCUUUACUACAACAAUGGAGUUAGGUCCCCGAGUGCAGAUCAGAUUCAGAGGAUCUCUGCUAGGCUUAGACAGUACGGAAAAAUCGAAGGCAAGAAUGUCUUUUAUUGGUUUCAGAACCACAAGGCUCGUGAGAGGCAGAAGAAAAGGUUCACCACGACUGAUGUCCCCAUGCAAAGACCUACUGUUGCAAAUGGUGGCUGGAAAGCUGAUGAUUCCUUACAUAAUAACAAGUAUCCCAACAUAAGUCAUGGUUGUACUUCUUCAUCUCCUUCUUCAUCAACUGGUGUGCUUACUGUUGGCCAGAUAGGAAACUAUGGCUAUGGGUCUAUGACCAUGGAGAAGAGUUUUAGGGAUUGCUCAAUAUCAGCAUGUGGUAGCAGCACUGGUGCAAGCGAAUCUUUAAGCCACAACUUUGGGUGGGUUGGCAUCGAUCCUGCAUAUUCUUCAUCUUACGCUUUCUUUGACAAGAAAAAACUCGUUGAUGGAAUCCUUGAGGAGGAACUAGCAGAUGAAGAUGAAGAAGAAGAAGCUGCUGUUGCUCCACAUAUUGAAACCCUCCCACUCUUCCCCAUGCACGGUGAAGACGUUAAUGCUUUUUGCAGCAAUAUUAAGCACGAACCAGACAGCUGCUACUCUGGGUGGUACAGGUCUGAUGAUGGCUACACUGGUUCUCGAGCUUCACUUGAGCUCAGCCUCAACUCCUAUACGGGCAGAUCACAGGAUUCUAUCUGAUGAAUAUUUCCCCUUGUAUGUUUCAUCCUAGUAUUAAUCAUGUUAUUAUGAUGUCUACUGUCUUCUCAAUUAGCUAGUAAUUAUGGCUUUAAUAUGGUAUAAACUACCAGUUUGUCCCUUGUUUUUUAUGUGCAAAGUUGUCCUAAACUUGACAUGUGUCAUGCGAAGCACUUAAUUAACAGGUGAACAUCUUUAUUUUUCCUGUCUUUUUGCCAAGAAUAUUCCAUGAUAAUUAUGAUAAGCUAAGAUAAGGAAGGAUUAAGAAAAGAAUAGAUGGAUUAUGAUGCUUAGUUUUGGAAAUUUACUGAUCUUGUUAGUGAAGUUAAAGCUUUCCAAAACAUUAGUUUUAUCAACAGAGAAACAUUACCUUCCUAUGCAAAUUGUAAGGAGAUGGUUUUCUGUCACCUUCACUGACUUGAUGACAGUAUUAAUGAUCGAGCCAUUUUCAAGCAGAAGUGACAGGAGGACUGAAGAUGU